CUUAUUUUUAGCGGGCUAAGGAUUCUGCAAAAUAGGGGCUUUGCGUAGACCGUUUGUCUGCGGAAUCAUUUGCGGUGCUGACAGUGAUAAUAUACUUCUAAUUUGCUCAUCAACUACUCAGAUUUGUGCUUUUUAUUACGAAUUCUUGUGUUUAGUCGGAGAGAUUUUUCCAAGAUGAAGAGUGUGGUAUUUUUUGUGGUUUCGUUUAUUGUUAUCGGAGCUGGAGUAUCGGGACAGACUCAAACUACGGAUACUUUACGCCUGUUCACGAACCUGUUUGCCAAUUACUCUAAAGACAUCCGACCUGUUGAGCGAGCCUCACAAAGUAUCAACGUUCUCUACGGAAUGGCCAUCAGGCAGAUAAUCGACAUGGAUGAACGGAAUCAAAUUCUUACUACUAAUGUGUGGCUAAGACAGGGCUGGAGCGAUGCCAAUCUUAAAUGGAACCCCGAUGAUUACGGCGGAAUUACCAAGAUCACCAUCCCUUCUUCCAAUAUCUGGAAACCCGACAUCCUUCUCUACAACAACGCCGACAGCUCUUUCAAGGGAGCCAUGAAGACCAACGCCGCCGUUUCCAACGAUGGCAACGUCACCUGGUUCGCUCCGGCUAUCUUCCGCAGCUCCUGCAAGAUCAACAUCAACUACUUCCCCUUCGACAAGCAGGAAUGCUCCCUGCAGUUCGGAUCCUGGGCCUACACCACGGAGCACCUAAAUAUCCUGAACCGCUCGGCCUCGGGGGACACUGGCAGUUAUCUCGUCAACGGCGAAUGGAAAUUGGAAGAUUUCCCCGUGAUCCGGACCCUGCCCCAGUAUAGCUGCUGCAAGUACCCGUACUCCGUACUCGAUUUCGUACUCAUUAUCAGGAGAAGGUCGUUGUUCUACGUCAUCAACAUGCUGGUGCCUUGUAUCUUGGUGUCUGCCCUGACUCUCCUCACCUUCUAUCUGCCAGCUGACACCGGGGAGAAGUUCACCCUCUGCAUCACCAUCCUCCUGUCUCUCACUGUCUUCCUCCUCCUGGCCGCGGAGACGAUGCCGCCAACAUCCGAAGUGGUGCCCCUCAUUGCCCAGUAUUACAUCACCACUAUGGUCCUCGUGUCCGCUUCAACUGUCCUCACAGCAAUCGUGCUCUACAUACACCACCGCGGGACGUACGUGGGUAGGGCGCCCUCUUGGUUCCGACGAUUCACACUCGAUUACCUGGCCAAGUUCAUGUGCAUGGGUGACUGUCAUAAUCCGGAUGUCAAAGAUAAGAUCCCUAAAAUCAACUUCGAGAACGCUUCAGGAAGCAGUGGCUCAUCCACAGGGGUCGUUGAAGCCGGUCUUCAUAGCAACGAGAUGCCCCUCGAACUCGAUGUCGCGAACCUGCCGACAUCGCAGUCGGGCACGUGCGUUGAGCUUGAUCGCCGUGGUCGUAUCCGCUUCAUCAUGUCCCAGAUCGCCUCUUGUCUUCAGCAAGUCGUCGAAUAUUCAGAAGACGCCAUCGUCGAUGAAGAAAUCAAGGGGGAAUGGAUGCGGAUCGCGUUCGUGGUCGAUCGCUUCUUCAUGUGGUUGUUCGGUCUUAGCACCGCCGUAGCUACGUGCGGUGUUUUGCUUCAGGUUAAGGAAUAA